GUUCCGGGCCGUACCUUUCAGAAUAAAAGCGUACAUUUUGUUUUGUAACAAUAGAAUGAAAUACAGACAUCUAAGAUUGUAAUAGUUGUAAUAGUGAUUUUGUUUAAACAUACACUCUUUCAGUCAAAUAAGUCCCAUUUAACUACAAGUUACACGUUUAACAAACACAUAAGGAUCAAGUGAUGGCACAAAACGAUAUGUCUGACCUUCAAAACUAGUUUAACUUCAGAGAUAAUUAAAGGAUGUUAUUUAAAUCCUGGUGCACUUCCUGUUGGUUUGGGAUGAACUGUAACAUGCAGCAGCAAUUUCCUGUGGUGGUGUGUCGUACUUCCUUUUCGUUACAAUGUGUACGCUCGUUUUGUCCGCACCCCUGCCCGGUUUGUUGAAGCCACACCGUCCACCUGGUAGAAAAUGAUACACAAACUGCACGUUUCGUAGUGAAUACAAGUUGCGAUAUGGUUGUAUGUUAUGUUACACACAACGUUUGGUUUUAUUUGAGUUUUUCUGGAAAUAUAAGUAUGCAUUUUUGCGUUACCGGUCUUUAACGAUAGUGCUAAUGUUUUGCUCGACCAUAAAUGAUUUGCAGGCUUCAUUUAGUCCGAGCUGAUGGAGAGGUCCACGUUUAGGUUUUAUACAAUACGUUUUGUAUAAAACUCUGCAGACAUGAAGAUCACAGACAGCGUGUUUCGGAGUUUCAGGGUUGCAAGAACAUAUCGAGAAAAUGUCCAGAAAGUCAACUGUGUGGACUUUAGCCCAAAUGGUGAAAGCGCAAUAUCAAGCAGCGACGACGACUGCAUUGUGUUAUACGACAUCCGAGAGGGAAAACCUAAAGGGACCCUGUACAGCAAGAAGUAUGGAGUAGACCUCAUCCGCUACACACAUGGAGAUCCACAGACAGUGGUCUACAGCUCCAACAAACUAGAUGAUACCAUCCGAUACCUGUCACUCACUGACAACCAGUACAUUAGGUAUUUCCCAGGUCACACUGCAAGAGUUAUUGCUCUCUCCAUGUCACCAGUGGAUGAUACGUUUAUCUCAGGCUCGUUGGACGAAACGAUCCGGAUCUGGGAUCUGCGUGCUCCAGACUGUCAAGGUUUGACUCAUCCACUGGGGAAACCUGUAUGUUCCUUUGAUCCUGAUGGGCUGAUAUUUGCUGCCGGAGUGGAGUCACAGGCCAUCAAACUAUAUGACCUCCGUGCUUUUGACAAGGGUCCCUUUGCCUCCUUUGAGACGAGGUUUAAUCGUGCCUGUGACUGGACCGGACUCAAAUUCAGUAACGAUGGGAAACAGAUUCUCAUCUCCACAAAUGGAGGGAUGAUUCGUGUCCUAAAUGCUUUCAAUGGAUCUGUGCUGCACACCUUUUCUGGUUACAACAACAGUAAAGGCAUCUCCCUGGAGGCCUGCUUCACUCCAGACUCUCAGUUUGUCAUGAUUGGCUCAGAGGACGGGAGAGUCCAUGUUUGGAGCACUGAGAGUGGGAUGAAGGUGGCCGUGCUGGAUGGUAAACAUUCAGGACCCAUCAACACUCUGCAGUUUAACCCCAGAUACAUGACGUUCGCCAGUGCCUGCACUAACAUGUUGGUGUUAGAUUCCUGCAGAGAGCCAGCACACAGCUGGGACAAGGAUUACGAUCAGUUCCUGCUUCCUCUGCUCACGCCUCAGGAACCCUGCUACAUCCUCUACCGUCUGGACUCCCAGAAUGCACAGGGACACGAGUGGAUCUUCAUCGCCUGGUCACCUGACCAGUCACCAGUGAGGCAAAAGAUGGUGUAUGCAGCGACCCGUGCCACACUGAAGAAAGAGUUUGGAGGAGGUCACAUUAAAGAUGAAAUGUUUGGCACGGUGGAGGACGACCUGUGCUUCCAGGGAUACCUACGACACAUGUCCUCCUGCUGCUCGCCGGCUCCGCUCACAGCAGCCGAGCAAGAAUUACAACAAAUCAAAGUCUCAGAGGAUAAAGUUGUGUGGGAUGAGCGUAGACGAAUUGGGACUCCAACAGCACGAGCGAGGGUCACAAUGGAGUUUGGCUUAGACAAAAGGGCACAGACUCUUCAAGGUCUUGCAUUCCCGUUACAAGAAGAGGCCAAACGAGCGCUGCAGCAACUCAAGCAGAGACGCAUCAACUACAUACAGCUGAGGCUGGACGUAGAGAAAGAGACCAUUGAGUUGGUUCACACCAAACCUACAGAGACCCACGAGCUUCCCUACAGGAUUCCCACAGAUUCACCCAGAUACCACUUCUUCAUCUUCAAACAUUCCCACCAGGGCCAGCGGCAGGAGGCGCUGGUGUUCAUAUAUUCGAUGCCUGGUUACAGCUGUAGUAUUAAGGAACGGAUGUUGUACUCCAGCUGUAAGAACAGGCUACUGGACGAGGUGGAGAAAGACUACCAGCUGGAGGUCACCAAAAAGAUGGAGAUAGACAAUGGUGACGGCCUGACAGAAGACCUACUGUACGAGGAGGUCCACCCCAUGGAGCACGCCUUAAAGCAGGCCUUUGCCAAGCCCCGUGGACCGGGAGGGAAGAGGGGCAACAAACGCCUCAUCAAGGGUGCAGGGGAGAACGGGGAAGACAGUUAGAUAGUACAUGCACACACAAGACAUCAGUACACAAACACACCAACACAAUAUCUAUGAAUUGACUUGUUAUUUGACUGUUUAGCUUCUAGCCGUUUCUUCUUUUCACUUGCAGACACACGUUUCACACUGAAAACAGAAAUAGAUCCACUAUAAAGCAGAAUUCAUAUAUAUAUGUUCUUGUGGUGAAGACAGAAAGCUUCUAAAUGUGAACACUGUUCGUUUGAGUGUGGCGUCCACAGGUUGGUUUGGUUUAUUAAGAGUUUUAUUCAAUUGAAUUGUACAUGAAAACAUGUUAAAGUAAUGAAUCAAGUGUAUUUAGGUUAAUACGAAGAAGAAGAAAAAACAAAGUACUUGUUCUCAAGCGUCAUUACAAACUAUUGUGCAGCCAAACUUUUUUCAAACCCACAGAAAUAAACUUUCCUGAUUUAGGGUAAAUGUGUGUAAAAUGAUGCGCAAAAACAUUUAGAAUAUUUCCAUUUCUUUAAAAGAUGAAAGCUAUAAUGAUAAGUCCCUCUGUGAACACAAAGUUUCAAUAAAAACUUAUUUUUUUAACGAUACACAAUAAUACAGUUAGAAUAUGACAUUUUGGGUAAUACAAUUAUUUGAUUUAUUGCUAAAGAGGAAGAUUAAUAUCACUCAUGUUUGUACGUUAUGAAGCUGCAGCGGUUAGCUUAGCUUAGCAUAAAGACUGGAAACAGGAGGAAUUAUUCCUACCAGCACCUCUAAAGCUCACUGUUUAACGUUAUGUCUCGUUUGUUUAAUCCAUACAAAGUGUAGAGCCCUCAGAUAACGACUCAAUGUUUUCAUUAUCAUAUUAUUUUCUUGAUUAAUUAAAAUUUGCAAAUCAAAGUUAAAGGCAACGUUUCCCAUCAGAUCUGUCAUGUCUCUGCUCUCCUCUUCAUAUUGAUUCUGGUAUUCCCAAUCAUUGGAUGAUGGCUAUGACAUUUCUGUUUUAGAGUGGAUUAUCCUUUAUAUUGCCUAUAGGCAGCCUAUGCUUUUCCAAUAGUUCCAUGCACAUUCAUCCACAUCACAUUUACAGUUGCCUUCUUCUGUCACCUGAGCAAGGUUUGA